CGCGUGCGCAGACCGAGCGCGCUGAGCGGAGGGGGUGGUGGCUGGCAGCUUCUCCCGCGUCCGCCAUUUUGUUGCUGUGGCUCUUGGGAACCGGCGAGGCAAAACCACCCUGGAGGCGCGACGCUUCUUGGAGUUCGGUGCUUGGUGUGGCUGCUGGGGUCCGUGUAAAGCCUUGGGGGUGCGGAGCCGGCGCGUUUCAGGCCAGGAGUGAGUGGAGGGAGGCACCCCAGGACGUGGGGCAGCCCGAGAACCCCGGGGCGGCCUCCGCUGCGGCUCGGCUUCGCCCGCCCCGACCUCGGGCUCUGGUCCGCAUUCCCAAGCCGGCUCCUUCCGUGAGGAGGCCCCUGAGCAAGCGGGCGAAGGCGGAGGAUGCUGCGGGCCCGGAGCCGAGAGGAAGGUGCUGGCUCGGUCCUCUAAGCGCGCCUCGAGGUGUGCCGAGAGGCCCUUCUUCGUGCCCGAAGCCGUCUGCCGGGCGAAGGCGUCCAGAGCCGGCGAGAGCAGCCGCCGCCCCGACCCGGCCCAGAGCCUCGGCCCGACACCAUGUCCUCCGCCAGGUUCGACUCCUCAGACCGCUCCUCCUGGUACAUGGGGCCGGUGUCUCGCCAGGAGGCGCAGAACCGGCUCCAGGGCCAGCGCCACGGCAUGUUCCUCGUCCGCGACUCCUCCACCUGCCCCGGGGACUAUGUGCUGUCGGUGUCCGAGAACUCGCGAGUCUCCCACUACAUCAUCAACUCACUGCCCAACCGCCGUUUUAAGAUCGGGGACCAGGAGUUUGACCACUUGCCGGCCCUGCUGGAGUUCUACAAGAUUCACUACCUGGACACCACCACCCUAAUCGAGCCUGCGCCCAGGUAUCCAAGCCCACAAAUGGGAUCUGUAUCAGCACCCAACCUGCCUACAGCAGAAGAAAAUCUGGAAUAUGUACGGACUCUCUAUGAUUUUCCUGGGAAUGAUGCUGAAGACCUGCCCUUUAAAAAAGGUGAGAUCCUGGUGAUAAUAGAGAAGCCUGAAGAACAGUGGUGGAGUGCCCGGAACAAGGACGGCCGGAUUGGGAUGAUUCCCGUCCCUUAUGUUGAAAAGCUUGUGAGAUCCUCACCACAUGGAAAGCAUGGAAAUAGGAAUUCCAACAGUUAUGGGAUCCCAGAACCUGCUCAUGCAUAUGCUCAACCUCAGACCACAACUCCUCUACCUGCAGUUUCCAGUACUCCUGGGGCAGCAAUCAACCCAUUGCCGUCCACACAGAAUGGACCUGUCUUUGCAAAAGCAGUCCAGAAAAGAGUUCCCUGUGCUUACGACAAGACUGCCUUGGCAUUAGAGGUUGGUGAUAUUGUGAAAGUCACAAGGAUGAACAUAAAUGGCCAGUGGGAAGGUGAAGUGAAUGGGCGCAAAGGGCUUUUUCCUUUUACGCACGUCAAAAUCUUUGACCCUCAAAACCCAGAUGAAAAUGAGUGAUUGCCGUUGGCCCUGUUUUCUACUGCUUAGUUAUUCUGUCCGUCAUAGUCUCCUUUGAGGGAAAGCAUUCUAUUUCAUAGGCAAGUUACACUGCAUUGCCGAAGUCCAGCUUUCUGCAGACUGGCGGUCUCAUACAUGUUUGGAAUGCACACAGUGGCUGCCUCGGCAUUUGUAUCAUAGUUGUAUUGUCAAAGAGUAGCGGAUUUUAGAGUUCUUUUGGAUCAUAAACUGGAAAUACUGGUGGAAGCACACAAAUGGAAAGAAGUUGACGAGGGAAGGGUCCUUCUCAUCACUGCCCUGUUGUACUUGUGACUGAUUCUGUCAUGUUCAUCAGAGAAAGCUUGAGGCCAUGGCGAGACAUUGCACAUUACUGUUCCACAAAGCAGCGGCUCAGUUCUAGUUUGUUUUUUCUUUAAAGAGCAGAGCAAGUGAACCUUAAAGAAGAGGAAAUUCUGUCCUAAAUUCCCCAUAUCUGGCUCUUCUCUUUUUUUCUUUUGGUUUGAUUUUGGAAGACUUAAUUAGACUUGUGUGUUCUGAACAGGCUUUUAAGUAGCACAUUGGAUUUUUGUGAUAUCACAAGGAAUGACAUGUGCCUCUCAGCUUCCAAACUGAAGCUACUGUAACUGAGGAAAUGAAAAUACAAACCUGAAAUGGAGGCCUGUAUUGUCUUGGUUGGCAGUGGUAUCUUUUAGCCAUAUAGCAAACAACACCAAAAAAAUCAGCAGUCGUGGUGUGCCAAGCUGUGUGGGCAGCUUCUUGGAUUACAUUGUCCCCAACAGCAACAAUAUGGAGGGUGAUUUGGGGAAACCUUUGCCCACCUGCCCACCUUAUUUGCCAAUGACAGAAGCAUAUGGGGAGGGGGGUUCUUGGCCAGUUUUCUGUCCUGUGGUUCAGUGAAUAAACCCCUUUAAGGUAUAAGACUUAAGUUUCUUUAAAAAGGGAGGUUGCUCAUAGAAUCAUCUAAUUCAUUAAUGAAUCUUUAAAUUCUCUCUGAAGCCUAGUCCUCCCUGCCACAGCCUGGACUCACCAGGCUGCAGGAGAAAGAUGGUGCUGCUAAUACUGGUUCUACAGUCUGUGUGCCCAUGAUGCUCUCAAGCAAAAAAAAUGCAGAGUCUGGAAAUUGCUUAAUACAUUUGAUGUCUAAUGUUUUAGUGACUAGGGAGAACCAUUAACUAAUUUUACCAUUAAUCAUUUACCAGGUUUUGUUUUUUAAUAUGUUUUAUUGAUUUUCAGAGAGAGGAUGGGCGAGGGCUAGAGAGAUCAAUGAGAGAGAAACAUCAUUGAUUGGCUGCCUCCUGCACGCCCCCUACUGGGGAUCAAGCCGCAACCUGGGCAUAUGCCCUAACCGAGAAUGGAACCAGUGACCUCUUGGUUCAUGGGUCGAUGCUCAACCACUGAGCCACACCGGCUGGGCCAUUUACCAGUUUGAUGUUAAAGUUGCCCUGUUAGCUGAAAGAGGCCUGUUCAUACAAGCCAACUGGUACAAAUCGCUAUAGCAAACUAGAAUGCUGGAACCUUUUUGCAGUUCAGUCUGCUCUCCCUUCUAGACACUGGUGAAGAUGGGCCUCAGCUCAGAAUGAACACAGCAGACCUAGAGAUGUAGCAGCAACUUAAUGAGCAGUUCUGUAUCAUUUAAAUUUUUCCUUAAAUCAGAAAUAAAUAAAUAAAAUUUUCUUUAAAUCAGUAUUCUAUCAGGCAGGUAACACCGUAUUAUUAAAGAAUCUUGAUAGUGCUCCUGUGUGAAAAAAUUAAUGAUCAUUUGGGAAAAAAUACACCGUGGCUGCCUGUCUGUAGUUAUCCUGAAAGAAGACAACAAUCAUCUCUUCCUAAUCAAGUGAAAACUGUGGCUCUGAAGGUACCCAUCCAUUGCAGUUGCCUCUUGACAAUAGUUGGCUCAGAACAUAAGAAGUACCAUGCCAUUUUGGAAAGCAAGGUUUCCUUUCAGCCAUGUCUGCUGAUCAGUAUAGCAAGACCCACAUCAUGUAGAGCACUUCAGAAUCAGAACACUCACAACCUAGAUUUGGCUUCAUAGUAAGUCUGCUCAUCACUUCAGCCCACAUAUACGUCUCCAGGACUGCUGGAGACUUGGAGCCUCAAAUAAGGUGAGCUUUGAGUUCUGAGCUCUUAAGAUAUGUGCCAAAAGUAGCACCUUUUUUACAUAGAACCUUACUAGUUUUUUAAUCAGGCAGGGAAAUUCUCUUUUUCACACUAAACAUACAAAAAACGGCACCCCUGCCUUGUUUUCAUGCCUGGGUUCCCAGCAGCCUGGGAAGACUGCUUCAGAAAGUGAUGUGAAUCUUCCGAGGAGCUGCCUUCCUCCUGGGCACACUUCCUUUUAGGAUUGUUCAUUAUUGCUACUUGCUCUACUCUACUGUUUGUCAUGUAAGAAAAUAUUGGGAUGUUAAAUUAUCUCACUUGGGAAGUGAACAAGUUACGUACUAAAGGACAUUGACAGUUUGAUUCAAAACUUAUUUAUCCUGGGAAGGACCUCCAACACAGGAGUCAUUCUUGUCAUUUCUGCAUGGUGUGGUCCCAUCUGAUGACACGGUUAACGAAGAGGAGGACACUUGGGCUGCCAUUUGUCGACUUAAAGUGGCCCAGAGGAGAUGGCUUCUCUGCUCAUGGUUGGAAAGCUGAAAGGAGGGAAGGACAGCUGCUCCCUCCUUGAGCUCAAGCAUCCCUGGCACUGUGCUAACUUUCUUUUACAGCUGUUUACAGACAAGGCGGGCCGAGACAGACGGCCACUGCUCUUGUAAUGUUUGCUCAGAGGAAAAUGAACAUUUUAUUUUUGAAAAGGGAUGAUGUGUUUUUGUGCCAGGUGUUUAUAAUUUAAUCCUUUAAUAUUAUGUUCAUUAACUUCUUAAAAAUGAAUGAAUUCUUGUUUUAACACAGUACCUAAGACUAAUGUUUUCUGUGGACACCACUGAGGUCUGCCUCAAACUCCACUCUCUGGGACUGGAGACCAAUGUCCCUGGUAACUGCUGACAGUGUGGACACUGCGCUAGUUGUUUAUUCUAAAGGAGUAGAAGGACAGUUCUCUGAGACAGGGUCGUUGUCUCUGCAGGAGAAACAGUGGCCUUGCUUCUAGACGGUCUUCACUGUGUGUUUUAAAACAACACAAUACUCUUUUGACCUGUAACUUAAAGAUCGUAAAUUUCAGGCAAUAAUAUUUUCUGUGUAAGCUUUUAAAAUUAUUUUUUGGGAUCAUAGCUUGUUUUAUUUUGUGCUAUAAAAUUAACAGUAUUAAAUUACUUAUAUUCUUAGAACACAUCGAGUGUCUUUUCUUAACAGAUUAGUGCCUUUUUAUUUUUGUAUUUCAUUUUACGUUACUGGUCCCAGCAUCAGAACCCUUGUUUCCAUGGCCUUGUUUGUACAUUGUCUCAAUAAAACUUGCAUCAGCCGGUGGUGGCAGCA